AAUGUAAAUUUGCCUUUUUAUAUUUUGAAAAAAAAAGAAAAAAAGAAAGAAUUAUUCAAUGACGAUUACGGGAAUGAACCGUUACAAAACUAUGAAAAAAUUAGGUGAUGGUACAUAUGGUUCUGUUAUGCUCGGAAAGACCUAUGAUACUGGUGAAACUGUUGCUAUUAAAAAAAUGAAAAGAAAAUACUACUCUUGGGAAGAAUGUAUGAAUCUUAGAGAAGUCAAGAGUUUACGAAAACUCAAUCAUGCAAACUUGAUCAAAUUAAAAGAAGUAAUACGUGAAAACGAUCAGCUUUAUUUUAUUUUUGAGUACAUGAAAGAAAAUCUUUAUCAAUUAAUGAAAAACAGAGAUAAGAUUUUCCCUGAGUCAGCAAUUCGUAAUAUAAUGUAUCAAAUUCUUCAAGGCCUGGCAUUUAUGCACAAAACAGGGUUCUUUCACAGAGACAUGAAACCAGAAAAUCUUUUAUGCAGUGGACCUGAAAUUGUAAAAAUUGCAGAUUUUGGAUUAGUCAGGGAAAUUCGCUCAAGACCUCCUUACACAGACUAUGUUUCAACAAGAUGGUAUAGGGCACCUGAGGUAUUACUUCGAUCAACUAAUUAUAGUUCACCAAUUGAUAUCUUCGCUUGUGGUUGCAUAAUGGCAGAGCUUUAUACACUUCGUCCUUUAUUUCCUGGUUCAAGUGAGGUUGACAUGAUUUUCAAGCUUUGUUCAGUUAUGGGUACUCCAUCUAAGGAAGAUUGGCCUGAAGGCUAUCAAUUAGCAAAUGCUAUGAAUUUCAAGUUUCCAAAUAUGGUUGCUACUCCACUUAAACAACUUAUUCCUAAUGCAAGUAAAGAAGGUCUUCAAUUACUUGAGGACAUGCUAAAUUGGAAUCCUCAAAAACGACCAACUGCACAACAAGCCUUGCGAUAUCCAUUUUUCCAAGUAGGUCAAAAUAUGCAGACAACAGAGAAACUACAAGCCACACAAUUACAAAGGCGUAUUUCAAUAAGCAAAUCAAAUGCAAUUCAAAAAAGCAUAACUCAUGAUGACAAUGAAAAACAUGUUAACAUAAAUGCUAAGAAAAAUACAAAGGAUUCAUUGGAUGUUUUUACAAGAAAUGAUUCUAUGUCUAGUGCAAAGCUUUCUGAAAUAAGUAAAGGAUCAUUAUCUUCACGUAAAAGGUGGGGUAAUGAAAAAACUGAAACAAAACCAGAUGAGUUCGAUGAAAUACUGGACGAACUUAAUACCAGUAAAUCAGAUUUUCGAUUGGUUAAUAGCAGGCAUAUUGCAAAAAAAGAGCCAUUGGAUUCAAUUUUUAGUCCCUUACCAAGUAUUGAAGCAAUAACUGAUUCAAAAAAAAAUCCUCCAUCAGCAGGACCCAAUUCUGCAAAGCAACAUUACAUGCAAAGAUCAAGGUAUUAUCCUGGUGGACCAAAUGCUCCUAUUAAGCCCUCAAUAGAAGGAAGAAUAAUUGACAUUGGAUCAGGAAAGAAACUAGUUGAGUUGACAUCAGAUACAAAAAAAGAUUCAUUUAAGAACUGGAUCUUAGGAGAUAUUAAACCAUCUCCAGCAGCACAGAAUUUGGAUGAUUUAAAAAAUGAUCGUAAUCAAAAGAUGUUAGGAGGAGGUGUGAUUUGGAAGCCCCCAGCUUUGUCAAAUACUAAACCGACUCUAGCCCAAAUAUCUACAGGUAGUGAAAAUCGCUCUAAGUUAGGUGUUCAUGGUAGAACUGAUUGGACAAACAAGUACGGUGGAAGGUAAUAUUUUUAGAGUGAGCUUUCUAGCAACUUGAGUUGUUUUGUAACAUCAAAAGUAUUUCACUAAAAAAAGAACGCGAUUUUUAUG